GUUUGUAGCUGUUGUGUGAUGCCGGUGCGCAUGCGUGUCACAUAACGCAGCAACAGACCCGGAAAUGCGAAGCCAACCGUAAACACAGCUGUGGCAGCGCUGCUGUUACUUUCUGGAAGAUGGUGUACGUGUCCAACGGCCAGGUCCUGGACAGCAGGGCACAGUCUCCAUGGCGCCUGUCCUUACUGGUUGAUCUUUUCUGGGGAGCAGUGGAGUUUAUCGGCCUCUUUUUUAAAACCAUGUUUCACCCCGACAUGUCAAAGAAUGGAAGCUCUGUUUCAUCACGCUUCACUGACGGCAGAGGUCCUCCAGGUCCACCUGGUGGCAGAAGGAGGAUGGGAAGAAUAAACCAUGGUGCAGGGCCCAGUCCUCCACCAAUGGGUGGAGGAGGAUGAGGAAGGUAAACGCCUACACAUGCAGUGUAGGCGUGGGGCCUUGCACAGUGUCUUAGAAGCCAAGGAAAGAUGAUAAAGUCACAGUGCUAAGGCCCUUCCUCAUCAGCUGCCACUGCCACAAGCAGUUUCUUGACGCCUUUCUGGGAAUUCCUACACGUAGGGGCCAGAACGGCUGAUACCGCAGCUAUCCACAUCACUUCUUCCCUCAUUUUCUGCGUCGGUUUUUCCAACUUGCAGUAUCACCGGUUUUUUAGAUAUGGGUCAUGAUUCCUGGGAGUCAUCAGCUAAUGUGUUUUUGUAUCCUUCUGUUGAAUAAAAAAUACCACUGAGUGUGUCUCCUGCUAUUAUUGCCACAUUUGGUAAUGACACAGCUUGGUUCCACAAAGAGUUGGUCGGUACUAAUAGCAGUAUCACACCUUUGGCUCAGCACUAAUUGUUAGGAUAUCUAAAAUCAAUGGAUAAUUUGGUAAUGGCACAGGUAUACAUUGUCUUUUUUUUACCUCAAAUUGCAAAAGUUGUUUAAGACUUGAUUAUAUCAGAGUCUUGUGUGUGAAUAUGAUAUAAUUCCAAGGAGUACACUUAAUCACUUAAUGUUUUUAUCAAUUCCAAAUA